CUUCUCCAGUCACAAACCGCCUACCCGUGAAAACACCGGACAGACUCACAGAGGGAUUCUUGCCACAUUGCGGUGAUAACCGCUACAAAUAGAAGAGAAGUCCUUCAACAUUUCGACGGCAAGGGGUGUAUUGUGCGGGCCAGCGCUGAUGUGGUGAGGAAAGCUAAGGGAGGCUUCUAUGGUUUACCUGGUUAUCUGUCAGCCCUGAUCAACCCUGCUGCCUACUGUCGCCUGCAUUGCUUCAAGAGGAGGCGUGGCUCCCUCUGGGUGCAAGAACCACCAUGUGCCAAAACGGGAGAGGACUCACUGCUGCCCCAUAGACUGCAGGAAUUCUUGCAAACCUUCCCCGUGAGUCUGAGGACCCUCCCCAUCCUCUGCAUCGCCCACUGGCCAACAUGAAGAAGGUGGCACUAUGGUCAGCGGAGGAUGUCUCUGACUGGCUGAGCAAAGAGGGGAUGCCAGAGUACAUAGAUGCUCUACGUGAGACAGGAGGUCCCACUCUGCUCAGGCUCACAGAGGCAGAUUUCCGGACACCUCCCCUCUCGUUGGUGUCGUCCGACGGCGGGCAGCAACUGUUGGAGCGAUUAGAGACGCUGCGGAUAGAGAAUCACAUCGAGGCUCAUAAAAAUGGGCAUGCAAACGGGCACGCUGGUGGGAUACCAAAUGGGACUACCAAGCCCCUUAGGAAUGGCACAAUGGAAAUGAAGGACUUCAGGAUGGAGAUGGUCCACAUACCCAUCCCUACAAAGGAGACUGCGCGCUCCUCUUUCCCUGCAGAGUGGGGGAAGACGGGCAUAGCAUUUGUCUACGCUGUGGUGUGCUUUGUGACGACCACUGUUGUCAUUUCAGUGGUCCAUGAGAGAGUACCGCCAAAGGAGCACACCCCCCCUCUGCCUGAUAAGUUCUUUGACAUGUUCAACCGGGUGGAGUGGGCCUUUUCCAUCUGUGAGAUUAACGGCAUGCUGCUGGUGGCUCUGUGGCUCAUACAGUGGCUGCUUCUCAAGCACAGGUCAAUUAUAGGCAGGCGGUUCUUUUUCAUUGUGGGCACACUGUAUCUGUACCGGUGCAUAACAAUGUACAUCACCACUCUGCCUGUUCCUGGGAUGCACUUCAAAUGCUCUCCAAAGCUUCUUGGGAACUGGGAGGCACAGGCGAGGAGGAUAAUGAAGAUGAUUGCUGGUGGGGGCCUCUCCAUUACAGGGUCCCACACCAUGUGUGGAGAUUAUCUGUACAGCGGCCACACAGUCAUGCUAACACUAACGUACCUCUUCAUCAAGGAGUAUUCCCCCAGGCGGUUCUGGUGGUACCACUGGAUCUGCUGGAGUUUGAGCGCUGUGGGGAUUUUCUGCAUCCUUCUGGCCCAUGACCACUACACUGUGGAUGUGGUAGUUGCAUACUUUAUCACAACACGUCUCUUUUGGUGGUACCACACAAUGGCCAACCAGCAAUCACUGAAGCAGACGUCACAGAGUAAUCCGUUCUCACGGGUAUGGUGGUACAGACUGUUCCAAUACUUUGAGGAGAACGUAAAUGGCAUGGUCCCUCGUAACUAUCAGCUGCCGCUAUCGUGGCGAGCGUUGCAGUGGAACCGCGGCGUGAAGUACAGCAGACUGGACAUCCAGUGACCACUCAUCUUGUCAGUUGGCAGGCGAGGACUCUGAACUUCCAUAAGUGCUGUUUUUAGUCUAUUGAAGAUGGCACUGUUAAAUGUAGCGCUGUCCUUUCACCUGAGUAACAGACACAUCCCUGUCCACAUGGGUAGCACUGUGACCCACCUAGUAUUUUCUUUUCUCCAUGUAUGUACAUAUAUAAAUAUACAUUAUUUUGUUUUCUUUCGUCCUGUUUUCCUCUGGUAGUUUUGUCAACACAGAGCACUAAUUUAUAUUUGUUUUGUGUCUUUUCCUCCUAAAUGGUCACAUGAUGGUUUCUGCUUUUUCAGCAGAGCUUUAAAGCAUUUCAGUAAACCUCUAAAUCGCUUUUUGGCCACAGAGGCCACCAUAUUUUUUCUCUCUGCACAGACCCAUAGUUAAUGUCGUCAUCUUUUUCAAGACUUUUUUUGUGCAAACCGUGUCAAUCAAAUACUUCUUUAAUAACCAAAAUGCCAUAAGCAUUUUUUCAUUUUGUUUUAUAGCUAAUUACUUUUUGUAACCCGCCCUUGCUAAAAUGAGUCAAAGGUGCAAAAAAAAAGAUUUUUUUAAGUAUGUCAAACUUUAUUUUUCAAAAACAAAUGAUGUCCAAGAACAGAUUUUUAGAUUUUUACCUUUUUCAAGAUGGAUAACUGAGAGCAUAAGAACCUAACGUGGUGAAACAGGAAUCCAGUGCCUUCCUUAGCUUGAUUGUAAAACAGUUCAAGUACUAUGUGUCUUGUGUCUCUGUGCCGCGGCUGUGAACACACCGUGGUACGAGAUGGUACUUAGUCUACAGUCUUGUCCCAUGAAUGUAAAAACAACUAAGCCAGCCUUACCAGAGAAUUGGUUUUCCCCAAAUUUAGGUGCAGUGAGUGAAAAGUCCAGUUUAUUUGACAUUUUUGAUGCUUUAUGAUGUCAGUUUUGGGUGUAGCUGGUUAAUACUGUUCUAACUGAAUAUUUGGACUGUUAAUCGUCUUUUGAUGUCCUCAACAUUUCAAUUCCACCAGUCAGUAGUUAACCAACACCUGCCAUGUUCAAAACCCAGUUGCUCACCGUGUCUGCUAGUUCUCCAACAUGACACAUCCUCUGAUUGGCUAAGACAUCUUGGGUUAUACUGGACCUUACACUCUUGUGCAUCAUUGCUGCAUCUCUCACUCAGGAGAUAACAAGCCCCUCCGCUCUUGUUCCCCACAUUUCAACCCCUUCAUUUUCCUCAUUACCGUCUCGUCUUGUUUCUGUGUUCUGGGGAGGAGAUCUAGAGGGAAUCAUGACACUUCCUUUGAGUAAAGGGAAUGUCAGAGAAAGGUAAAAGGAGGCUUCUGAGCAUGUUUGUCAUGAAUUUGUACGCACUUUGUGCGGCUUUUUUUCUUGUACUAAAUCAAGCUGCUACCUAACAGUUUGAGGACAACAUAUCCUCUGCAUUUCCUCCGUAAGUGCAAACGCCACGAUAAUCUUCUUUCUUGAAGUAGCAAACAAUAAGCAUGGAACCUGUUAAUGGGGAACAAGCCGAAGCAUGAUGCACAGAGCUGUUGAUAUAUUUGGAUACUGUUGAUUUUCAUGAAUGUGAAAUAUGUUUGUAUUGUUAUUGUUUGGCUUUUUCUUUGUGUAACUAUGACUGAAAGUUUAAAGAAUAAGUAUUGCACAAGUUCAUCUAUAGGGAAAGAUUUAACUCACAAUGUGAAAGCAGAAAGAUUGAAUUACAAACUGCACUAAGUUGAAGAUUAUACAUAUUCCAAAUGAAUAGAAAUGAGGAUGAUGUAAUAAUUUCCUUUAACAUUGUCUAAAGGUGGGAAAAACAUGUAAGCUUAUAAAUCAAAUAUCUGUAAAUGCCAACACGAGUCUUAAUGUUUAAGAUGAAUAACAGCACAGGUUUACCUUACAUCCUGUUGCCUUGUCCAAUCAUUUCACCUCUACAGAGAACGAUUUAAAGAGCACAGCAGGUUCCUUAAAUACAGCCAAAAGUUUGAUUUGUGACAGUGUUUGAAGCAAAUGUUUCUCUAAUAAUGAAUGAGGGCUUUGAGAAGAAUGAUGGUUGGAGUUAAUGUUAGUCCUCUAGUUUGCCAAUCAAGGUUUUUUUUUUGUCUCUUUAAGAAAUAUUUGUUAUCCUGUAUGUUCCUCUUUAAAGCUCCUCGCCCUCUUUGUCCCCUUUUUGUGUGUAUACCAGAUGUUUGUAAGAUAUGAUAAAGGAUUCUACUUGGGACGCUUUUGAAUAAAAACAUUUUACUAUAAUGUA